GGUGGAGACGGAUAUGGCAAUGAAAAUGAAGAUGAAUAUGGCGACGAAGAUAGAGAUGGAUAUGGCGACGAAGAUGGAGACGGAUAUGGCGACGAAAAAGAAGAUAGAUAUGACAACGAAGACGGAUAUGGUAACGAAGACGAAUAUGAUGACAAGGGAAAAACAAAACUGGCAACGAAGAUGGCAGAAAAUAUGGCACCAAUGGAGGCACCAACGGAAGCACCAAUGAAAGCACCAACAGAAGCACCAAUGGAAGCACCAAUUAAAGUAAAAGCAGAACAUAUCAAUAUUAAUUAUUCAAACAAAGAUACUAAUGGGAAGUUGACAAUGUUAAUGAUGAUAAAAGU